CUGGGCCGGGCCCUCCCGGGCUCGUUCGCUCCUGUCUGCCGGGCGCAGCCAGAGUGCGGCCGUGCCUGCAUCAGGAUGCCCAGCAUCUUCGCCUACCAGAGCUCCGAGGUGGACUGGUGCGAGACUAACUUCCAGUACUCGCAGCUGGUGGCCGAGUUCUACAACACGUUCAGCAAUGUCACCUUCUUACUCUUUGGGCCUCUCAUGAUGUUCUUGAUGCAUCCCUAUGCCCAGAAGCGCUCCCGCUACAUCUACGGUGUCUGCAUCCUCUUUAUGGUCAUAGGCCUGUUCUCCAUGUAUUUCCACAUGACGCUCAGCUUCCUGGGCCAGCUGCUGGAUGAGCUCUCCAUCCUGUGGCUCCUGGCCAGUAGCUACAGCAUAUGGAUGCCCCGCUGCUACUUCCCUGCCUUCCUAGGGGGGAAAAGGGCCCUGUUCAUCCGCCUGGUUAUGAUCACCACUGUGGUCAGCACCUUUCUGUCCUUCCUGCGGCCCACGGUCAACGCGUACGCCCUCAACAGCAUCGCCCUGCACAUCCUCUACAUCGUGUGCCAGGAGUAUAGGAAGACCAGCAAUAAGGAGCUUCGGCAUCUGAUUGAGGUCUCCGUGGUUUUAUGGGCUUUUGCUCUGACCAGCUGGAUCAGCGACCGUUUCCUUUGCAGUUUCUGGCAGUGGAUUCAUUUUUCCUACCUGCACAGCAUCUGGCAUGUACUCAUCAGCAUCACUUUCCCCUAUGCCAUGGUCUCCAUGGCCUUGGUGGACGCCAGCUACGAGAUGCCAGACCAAACCCUCAAAGUCCACUACUGGCCUCGGGACACAUGGCCCGUGGGACUGCCCUACGUGGAAAUCCUGGGUGCUGACAAGAACUGCUGAGACCUGCCAGCCUCUUGACUAUCCAGCCACUCACCCCGACUUGUCUGCAUCUUGAGAGAGGCCUGGAUCAGGACUCGAGCCCGGGGGACACUCGUGGUUCCUUCCUCCAUCCCCCUUUCCCCAUCCUCCUUGUCCUGUCCUGCCUCGCCCCGAGACAGGGGAUGGACUUCCUGAGUCUCUGAGCAGCAGUCUGAUGACCCUGGGGGGCU